AUGAAAAGACCAGAAGAUACUUUCGCAUUAACCUCUAUAGAUGACAAACUCAACUCGCGCUCAGCUAUGAGGAACCCUAAGCAAGUCCAGCUCCCAAAUAUCAAGUCAGUCCCUCUUUUUAUCAAGCCUUCAAUGACCCCUUCCACAAAAGCGACACCGAGGGCAAACUACACUUCAGUCCCAUCAUCAAGGAAAGCUCAAAGCCGAUCUUCAGUGACACAUGAUUUACUUACUCCCCCCCCUCCGUGAGUGAACAAAACCAUUAGAAAAAUCGCUAUUUUUUGCCCAAAAACCCGCCCUCCGUGAGUGAACAAAAAUUAUUUUAAUAGAAAAUUUUUUAUGAAAAAAAAAAUUGAUAUAUAAGUGAUAAUUAGUAUAAUGAAAUCUAGAGCUAAUUCUGUUUAAUUUUAAACAAAUUGCAUUUUAAAACACAAAGUAUAAAAAAUAAAUUAAUAUUUGCUUUCCAAUUUUUGCGAAAUAGGAUUUUUUUAAAUUUUCGGAAAAAAAUAAUUUCUAUAAAAUUUAUAUAUAAAUUUUUUUAAAAAAAAAAUUAACCCCCCUCCGUGAGUGAACAAAAUUUUUUUUUUGUUCACUCACAGAGGGGGGGGAGUUAGAAAUAUCCAGCAGAGAGCGAAUCAGUAACAUUUAUAUAGAGAAAUCGAAGAGUUAUUUACUCUUAAAGCAGGAGAUCUGGCUGAUACCGUAAGAAAGUUGGAAAAAUCUAAGUAUGUAAAAGAAGUGAUUAAAGAUUUAUAUGAUCAUGUGCUGAAGAAAAAAAAAGAAUAUAACUCCUUAAAGCAUGAACAAAGCUUAUUAAAUGCUGAACUGAAUUCAUUACAUCAGAAAUAUGACGAUUUAACACACAUUGAAAAAGAUAAUACAGACAGAGUGCAGUAUAUAGAACAAUUGCAAGAAAAAUAUGAAAAAUUGCAAAAUAAAAUAGACUUAGAAUCGAUUUUUACCGAUUCUUUGAACCAUAUGGCAAAUGUCAGGUAUUUGAAUUUGUGUGCGAUCAAAGACCCAACUCGGCUUUUGAAGUCUCAAAUUGUGCACACUCUGGCACAAAAUAGAAAUUUGGACAGAGGAAGUGAAUAUCAUUUGACAUCUGCAUUAGCAACAAGAGGAAAACUCGGAAAAAUCCAAGAAAAUAUCAACUCUCAGCGCACAAGAAUGAGAGAGCUGCUAAAUCAAGAAUUAAAAAAAUACGAAGAAAGGAGCAAAGCCAUCGCAUUUUAUAAGCAAGAGCAGCAGCUUUGAUAUCGGCAAAAAGAAGCUGAAAUAAAAGACCAAGACAUUAAUAAUUUAGUGAAAAUUGACAAUGAAGUAAGAAAAGGAGACAAGCUGAGAAUAGAAUUUUUAGAAGCCAGCCAAGUCCUAGCUGCAAAAGAAGGCAAAAUUUCUGAAGCUCUUCGGAUUACGAACUCAACUUCAGUUUCCAAUCUUUUUUCUCAGCUUCAAAAGCUCAGAGUAACCAAAGAAAGCUUAGAAUCAUUAAGAACUGACUUAGAAGCUACCCUCCGACGGCAGCAGAACGAAAUAGAAAGGCUUAAUAAAGAAUAUGAUAAUUUAAACUUGCAAAAGCAUCAAAAAGAUGAAUAUGAUUAUCACACUCUUUAUGACUUAGAAGUAAGCCUUGCUAAACGAGAGCAUGAUCUGCAAACACACUCAGAAGACUCAGAAAAAAUCAAGGCUGAUUUUUCGACCGGAUUGCUAGGCUUGAACAGAAUCAUUCAAAAAAUAGGAGACAAUAGCGAUAUCAGAGAAAUCAGAAGUAUAAAAGACGCAAUUGAGUAUAUUUGUGACAAAAUUAAUCGUUUGACUGAAUAA